ACUUGAAUCGAUCAACACGAAACGCAAAUCGCAAUGAACAAUAAGGCCGGCCGGCGUAUCAUACAUGUCAUGUGUCAUGUCAUGCUUGUCAAAGAAGCAAUUUCAUCAAAAUUAAAAAAAAAGAAAUGUCACUUAUUUCCAGUAAUGGCGGCCGACUAUGAUUGCAUUCCGUUGUAUGAAGAUUAUCCCCCGUGGUCAGUCUUGAUCUCGGUUUCUCGGUCAGUCUGGGAAUCGCUUGCUCGUUCAUUGUGUAUCUUUGCUUACGUUUCUUUAAAAGAACUUAACUUAAAAAUUUUCGACUUAUAUAUCAAAGCAAAGCAAUCAAACGUUGCAGAAACAAUUAUUACAUAACAAAAUUGCAAUAACUUUUCCAAGUCUUAGCAGAAAAUUCCGUUAGUGAAAGUUGAAAGUAUCAUCAACUCAAAUUAUAAUGAGUUCUUCUGUAUAUUUUCGGUCAAUGAAUAAAAUAUCGAAACUCUAUUUUCUUCAAUCACCAGUGAAAAGGUCAGUCCAAAAUGUGAACACAAUCAGAAUGUUAGCAAACAUAUCAAUAUCUAAGAAGAAAGAAAAGGAAACUUUUAUAAAUAUAUUUCCUCUGUUAACUGAAACUCUUAUAAAGAGUCCAAAAUUCGCUAAGCAUCCUCAAAUUGGCAACUGGAUGAAAAAGAUUCUAGAAUAUAAUAUGUGCGGUGGUAAACAGUCUCGCGGUCUCGCAACAGUUUACACGUACGAAAUGAUCGAGAAGCCGGAGAAUAUUACGGAGGAAUCGAUGAAAUUGGCACGCAUCAUGGGCUGGUGUGUUGAAAUGUUGCAUACGCACCUAGUGCUAUUCGACGACAUAAUGGACGGCUCGACGACUCGCCGCGGUGUCUCGUGCUGGUACCGCCUCCCAGACGUGGGACUGGGCGCCAUCAACGACGCCGUACUGUUACACAUGGCUAUGUUUCACAUACUAAAGAUCCACUUCAGUCAAAGAAGCUGCUACGUCAAAAUACUGGAUGUGUUCCAUGACACCUUGCUAAACACGUCCAUCGGCCAGCAUUACGAUUAUAUGAUGGCACAUCGCAACAAGAACGACUACACACAGUUCACUAUAGAACGGUAUAGAAUCAUAGCUGACAAUAAGACUGCGUACUAUACAUUCAAGCUGCCCGUGUGUCUCGGCCUCUUACUCGCCGAUAAGACGGACCAUGAGACGCACAAACUAGCAGAAGACGUUACCAUGGAGAUCGGUCAAUUUUUCCAAAUACAGGAUGACUACAUAGAUUGCUUCAGCGACGAAUCCAUCACGGGAAAAGUUGGCACUGAUAUACAAGAAGGGAAAUGCACGUGGCUAGCCGUUAUGGCUUUGCAGCGCUGCAAUGCUGAACAACGAUCUCUAUUCGAACAAUGUUACGGCAGCUCAGAACCUAUUGACGUGCAGCGCAUCAAGCAGCUUUACGAGACUUUGGAACUUCCACUGUUAUACAAAGAAUAUGAACGUAAUGUCUACAAUAGAGUAUUAGAACGCGCGAAUAACGCCGCCAGUGGUGCUUUACCGUCGGCUUUAAUUUUAAGACUUUUCAAUCUGAUUCAUAAAAGAAAAGGUUAAUGAUUUUGCUUUGUUGUUUAUUAUUAUAGCAAAUAUAUGUUUUUUUUUUUAUUGAUUUAAUAGAGUUUGAAUAACUCUAGCAGUAAUACAUGGAACCCUCAAUCUUUAAGUCUUCCAUCGCUAGUCGUAUUUUAUUUUUUCAUAAAUGUAUCUUAGUAGUUACUGAUUCUAUAGAAACAUGGUAAAAAACUUUAUAAGUACAGUAUUCUACAAUAAUUAUAAUAUAUUCUGAUUUAAUUACGAAGGAAGAAUUUAUUUUAAGUAGUUACCAUAUCGUCUUCACGGAUUUUAUCCAAGUUUGAGCAGGGUAUUAUCUUGUCUUAGCAAUAACUUAAUUCCAAAAAGAUGACCAUAUUUUAUAUGUCCAUAAAUAUCCUAACCAUACUACCGUUUAAUUAGUUAUUAUGUAUUUUUUAUAUAAAAUAUUUAAAUGAUUUUCAAAUCUUUUAAAAAAAUUAUCAAAAAUCGCGGAGUAGUUAACGAAAUGUAGAAUGUCGUAAGCGCACGCGCAAUAGAACUGACCUGAAAGCAGCACAUAAUCGCGCUCGAUGCUAACUUCAUAAUCGCUAUUAAGUUUUAGACGAACGAUUUUUAGCACGUUAACGAUUAUUAAUUUAAGUAUCAUUUCGUAAUUUGCUCAAUAGACAUGAUUUUUAUGAAUAUUGUGUUUGUUUAGACUUACACAAAACCAUCAUCUCUCUUGUCGUAUAAACAUUAAGGUAGGUACAUAAUUUUGUAGCAUAAAUGAUACCGAAAGUAAAAGAGUCUCGGUAGGUACGAAAAUAUGUUAAGUAUGUUUUGUUUUAUCUAGUUCAGUAAAAUAAAACGAGACUGUGUUUCCUUGGUAAAAAGUAAGUACAGAAAUUGUUGGGAAAUAAUGAAUUAUACGGAUGUAUGUAAUGUUAAUGAUACCUGUGAUUUCUCAAUUUUGAAUGAAACACUUGGCUGUUAUUUUAGUAACAUUAUUUAUUUUGAAGGCUGAAGAGCCUUUUAAGUAAUCGUUGGCAUAGCUAUAAAUUAUCGUAGGGGGCAGCCGUUUAUGUAAUUAAGAAUAAAUUAUUUAAUAACACUUCUUAUUAUUGUAAAUAGAAGUUCGAGGGAUUUGUAUGGUAUAAAUGAAGAAUUAAACGGUUUUUA